AUGCUCCAAUCCCAAGCUCAGCAGACGGUGGAGGUGUCCGUCGGCCGAGUCUGCACGAUCGCGGAGUACCUUCUCGAGCGACUCGUGCAGCUCAACGUUACAAGCAUCUUUGGGGUGCCCGGAGAUUUCAACCUCGCCUUCUUGGACUAUAUCGAAUCGCACUCCAAGCUCGGAUGGGUAGGAAACUGUAAUGAACUUAACGCGGCAUAUGCGGCCGAUGGCUACGCCCGAGUGAAGGAAGGCAGCAUUGGCGUGGUCGUCACCACCUUCGGCCAGAAAAACAAGCUCGUGCUUCAUCACACCUUCGGUGACGGCCGCUACGAUAUGUAUUUCAAGGCCGCCCAGCAGGUCGUUAUCUCGCAUGCCUCGCUCCAAGACAAGGCUACCGCAGCUGCCGAGAUUGACCGCGUCAUCACCGAUUGCGUCCUCAUGGCACGCCCAGUGUAUCUCGUACUCCCGACCGAUCUCGUUAGCGCGCAAAUCCCGGCAGAGCGCCUCCAGACUCCGCUCAAUACCGAGCCGCCACAGAACGAUCCCGAGACCGAGAGCGUCGUGCUUGACGAGAUUGUCAAGCUCAUCGAGGAGGCAGAGCGUGGUGUCAUCAUCCUCGUCGAUGCCUGUUCGAUCAGGCGCAACGUAAAGGACGAAGUCUUCGAGUUCGCAAAGAAGACGCGUUUCCCCGUUUACUCUACUCCAAUGGGCAAGACUGCGAUUCCUGAGGACUACGAGCUCCAUGGUGGCAUAUAUGCCGGAGUGACCAGUCGACCAGAAGUUAAGGCGAAGGUUGAGAGCGCGAAGCUCAUCAUUUCUGUUGGCGGUCUGAAGACUAACUUUAACACUGGCAACUUCACAAACAAAAUCUCGCCCGCCCAGACCGUUGAGCUUCAUUCUGAUCAUACCCGCAUCCGCCUUGCCACAUACCACGGCAUUGGCAUGAAGCAUCUGCUGCCCAAACUGACGGAACGCAUGCAGCCCUUCAAAGAAGAUGUCAAGGCAAUCGACGUCCCCGAGUUCACGCUCCCUGUUUCGCAAGAGGACAACGACAAGAUCUCGCACCUCUGGCUCUGGCCACGCCUCGGACAGUUUUUCAAGAAGGGCGACAUCAUCGUGGCUGAGGCUGGCACGGCCUAUUUCGGCGCCCUUGAGAUUCCCAUGCCCGGCGGCUCAGUCUUUAUGUCGCAGUUCCUCUGGUGCAGCAUCGGAUGGACCGUCGGCAGCACGCUGGGCGCCGCCAUCGCUGCGCGCGACAUGGGCCUUCCUCGAGUCAUCCUGUUCGUCGGGGACGGUAGCAUCCAAAUGACGGCGCAGGAGCUCUCGACCAUGAUACGUUACGGCGUCAAGCCCAUCAUCUUCGUGCUCAAGAACAACGGGUACACCGCCGAGCGGUAUCUACAUGACGAGAACGCGCAGUACAACGAUAUUGCCACCUGGCAAGGCUUCUUCCUCCCGCCCAUGGGUGGCACUGAGGGCGAGACCUGUCAGUCUUACACUGUAAGGACCAAGAACGAGCUGUCGCAGCUGCUCGACAAUGUCGAGUUUGCCAAGGCCGAGAAGAUCCAGCUCGUUGAGCCGCUGAUGGACACGCAUGAUGCUCCCCGUGUGCUCAAGGUCUUAGCCGCGCUCCUUAAAAAGGCGAAACUUGAAGAGUAG